AUGUCGUUCCUACAGAAUUUCCACUUGUCUCCAGGGCAAACAAUUAGAUCAACUCGUGGGUUUAAAUGGAAUAGCGGCUCAAAUCAGAAUGGUAUGGCAGAUUCUCAAGACACUUCUAGUGGAGUCAAGUCUGACAGGAUGUUGUUCAACAAUAGCCCUCUAAAUCCCAGCAAUGAUAAUAUUCAAAUUUUAUCCACUCCAAAGAAACAGCAGCAAACAGCUCCGGUAGUUACAGAUUUCAACUACACUCCAUCACACCAAAAACCUUUUAUACAACCACAGGCAGGCACUACGGUUACAUCACAUCAGGAUAUUAAAGAGAUUGUGGAGAUGACUUUAGGUUCUGAAGGUGUUUUAAAUCAAGCUGUCAAAUUACCAAGAGGUGAAAAUGAAAAUGAAUGGAUGGCAGUUCAUUGCGUGGAUUUCUAUAAUCAGAUUAAUAUGUUGUAUGGUACAAUAACAGAAUUUUGCUCUCCUCAGACAUGCCCUAGGAUGAUUGCCACGAACGAAUACGAAUACCUAUGGGCGUUUCAAAGAGGUCAACCACCUGUAUCUGUACCAGCUCCAAAAUAUGUUGAGGCACUUAUGAAAUGGUGUCAAGAUCAAUUUGAUAACGAAAGUAUUUUUCCUGCUAAAACAAGUGGCCAAUUCCCGGACAAAUUUAUUGAGAGGCAUGUGAUACCGAUUCUUAGAAGGCUAUUCAGAGUAUAUGCACACAUUUAUUGUCACCAUUUUAAUGAGAUAUUGGAGCUUAACUUACAAACAGUUCUAAACACAAGUUUCAGACAUUUUUGUCUCUUCACUCAAGAAUUUCAACUUCUAAAAGCAUCUGAUUUUGGUCCACUAUUAGAAUUGGUUACUGAAUUAAGAGACAGGUAA